AUGGUCGCCGUGUGCCUGCUGGAGAGGGUCCCCUUCAGCGCAAUCGAUUCCUCCACGGUGCUGAGGAAGCUGGAGAACGGCCCGUCGUCGGCCGGGCCGGCCGAUCGGGCCGCCCUGAGGGAGCUGGGCGGUGAGUCCGGGCCCAUCCUGGCGGUGGAGAACGGCCCUGAGGUCCAUGGCCGAGGACAAUGGCUGCCUGUACCUCCACUCAUGCACAGACAGAUGGCUUCCGGAGGGGCUGCAAAUGCACUUGCAGUGAAGCCGAGGACCGAGGAAGAUGACAUGAAGGAUCUCGAGGCUUUGCUGAACAAGAAGAGUUUCAGAGAGAUGCAGAAGUCGAAGACUGGUGAGGAGCUUCUUGAUCUCAUCCACCGGCCUACAGCUAAAGAAACCGCUGUGGCAGCUAAGUUUAAAAGCAAAGGUGGUUCUCAAGUGAAAGAAUACUGCUCUGCUUUAACGAAAGAAGAUUGCCGACGGCAGUUUGGUUCCUUCAUUGCUUGUGAUAAGGUUCAUUUUCGACGAAUAAUUGCCGCACAUACUGAUGUGAAUUUAGGGGACUGUUCAUUUCUCGACACCUGUCGUCACAUGAAGACAUGCAAAUAUGUACAUUACGAGCUCGACUCAACUCCUGAUGUAUCACCUAUGAUGAUGGGGCAAGCUACUACUUUACCUCCUCCGAAGCCCUCGAAGCUUCAAAGCGCUCACUAUUGCUCGGAAGUCGAGCUUGGAGAACCACAGUGGAUCAACUGUGACAUACAUUCGUUCAGAAUGGACAUAUUGGGGAAAUUCGGGGUUAUCAUGGCUGAUCCACCUUGGGAUAUUCAUAUGGAAUUGCCUUAUGGAACUAUGGCUGAUGAUGAAAUGCGCACCUUAAACGUUCCUGCAUUACAAACCGAUGGUCUUAUAUUCCUUUGGGUCACUGGAGUGCAAUGGAGCUUGGACGUGAAUGGGCUUUUAAAGCCCAUGGCGAGACGAGAUAUCCGAUUUUCGAUUGGGAUGUGUCAUUUGAAAGCUUGGAGGACGAGUUUUCUAUGGAACUUGGAGCUUUGGGGUUACAAGCGUGUGGAGGAGAUAAUAUGGGUGAAGACCAAUCAACUCCAGAGGAUUAUCAGAACGGGCCGAACGGGCCAUUGGCUCAACCACAGCAAAGAGCAUUGCCUUGUUGGAGUAAAAGGAAAUCCUGAGGUGAAUAGAAAUAUCGACACUGAUGUCAUUGUUGCUGAAGUUCGUGAAACAAGUCGCAAACCUGAUGAGGUCAAUGUAUGCAAUGCUGGAACGGAUAAGUCCAAGAACAAGAAAGCUGGAGUUGUUUGCAAGGAUGCACAACGUGCAGGCCGGCCGUCAUCGCCACCUAGGACAGCUGGCAUGGAUAUUGACCAUCCAGCUGUCACUUCUCCUCCGACUUCAUCGGGAAGCCAGUUUGCGCAGCAGUCCACAGGACAACAAACAGCUUCUAAUGGCAAUAAUACAUUAGAAGCUAGUAGUAGCUGA